AUGAUCUUUACAAAUAAACAUAAUGCUAAACUUCGUUCUGCUGAUUGUCUUAUUCUGAACAUUAAAAGUAACUUUGGAAAUAACGGUGAAACAAAAACAUAUGUUGCUAAAGCUGUAUUUGAAGACUAUCAGUAUCUUCUACUUAUCACUGAUCUAAAGCAUGAAGUAGCUUCUGGUUUAGAUACAAGUGACGAACUUUCUUUAAAAAAUCUAAUUCUUUUACUUCGAGAAGUUUUAGAAAAUCAAAGAUCUAUUUAUGAUUAUGAUAUAGAAAAAUUUAGUAAUAAGACGUCAAUGACAUUGGGAUUGAUAACUUUAAGAUGGGUUUUCUUGUGUGAAAUCAUACCAGAACAAUUAAUUGGCAUUAAUGAAGGCCAAGUGAAUGAUGGUCCGGCUGUAAUAUAUAAUCAUUUUAUAUUACCAAUGAUGAUUGUUACACUAGGAUUUAGACAACAAUUUAAGUCAUUAGUAGAAGUUAUUAAUAAUAAAGAAAAGGAAGUGGAUGAACUUUUGGAAAUAACAAAAAAAUCAGAUUCAUUAAUUCCUACUCGAAAACAUAAAACUGACAAAUUUGAUAGUGAAAUAAUAAAUGAUACAAUAAAAAAGUUUGCAUCUCAGCCUUUACCUGUACCUCCAAACACUCAAAGUUCAUGUUAUGACGAUUGUUUGCCGUUAACUCAAGAAGAUUUAACUUCAUGGCAACUGAUAGAUUCCAAUAACUCGGCACUCAAUAGUAAUACUUCAACAAAAAAAUCAUUGUCACCACAAAAAGAUAAAACUAUAUCUACUCAAUCGUCUGAUCAAAAUGAUGAUGAAUUUUAUACUAAUAACAAGGAAUUUGAUGAAACACAUCGACAGGAGAUGCAAAGACGUCAGGAAUUAAAACUUGCUGCACAAAAAGUUACUGAUGCUGCUCGUGAUAAACAUCAAGAAUGUAUUAAUAUGGUGGAAAAUCAUGCAGUUGCUUAUGAAAUUAAUGAAUUGAUAAAGAAAAUGAAUUUAUUUUAUGAUAAGGAAAAAUUGACACAAUAA